GGUGAAAUGGAAUUUUCUUUGAGAGAGAGAGAGAGAGGGGCUUCCGCUUGCGCUCUGGCGAAGUGGCUAUAUGAACGAAGUCCCGAUGACCUAAUCGCCUCCUUCCUCAUUUGGAGCUUCGAUCCUGUGCGCGACGCGAAAUCCUUUGUUGAGGUUGCUUGCACUUUUGUACGUCUUAUGAGUUUCUAUUGGUGAUUUCUAAUGGCCAAUCAUCAGAAUGGGGGUGCAAAACCACCAGCCUCUGCUGCUGCUGCUUAUACUAUCAAUCUUGAUAACUUCAGCAUGCGGCUAAAAGGAUUUUACACUCAUUGGAGUGAUCAUAAACCCAAUCUUUGGGGUUCUGCAGAUGCCAUUGCAAUUGCUACGCCACCUACUUCUGAAGAUCUUCGGUACCUUAAAUCCUCAGCAUUGAAUAUAUGGUUACUUGGUUAUGAGUUUCCAGAAACCAUCAUGGUUUUCAUGGACAAGCAGAUUCAUUUCAUAUGUAGUCAAAAGAAGGCCAAACUACUUGACACCGUAAAAAAAUCUGCUCGUGAGGCUGCUGGACUUGAUCUUGUAAUACAUGUUAAGGCAAAGGAUGAUGAUGGGACAGCCCUGAUGGAGGAUACUAUUCGUGCUAUUCGUGCACAGUCAAAAUCAGAGUCCCCAAUUGUUGGAUACAUUUCAAAGGAGGCACCGGAAGGGAAGCUUCUAGAAACUUGGUCUGAGAAGCUUGGGAACUCGACCUUACAACUUAUUGAUGUUACAAAUGGUUUCUCUGAUCUCUUUUCUGUAAAAGAUGGCACAGAACUUACCUGCAUCAAGAAAGCUGCCUAUCUAACUUCAUCAGUGAUGAAAAAUUUUGUGGUUCCAAAGCUUGAGCGGGCCAUUGACGAGGAAAAGAAAGUUUCCCAUUCUUCAUUGAUGGAUGAUGCAGAAAAGGCAAUACUCAACCCUACAAAGGUGAAGGUUAAAUUGAAGGCAGAAAAUGUCGAUAUAUGCUAUCCUCCCAUCUUCCAAAGUGGAGGGCAUUUUGAUCUCAGACCCAGUGCAUCCAGCAAUGAUGAUAAUCUGUAUUAUGAUUCUACUAGCGUUAUCAUCUGUGCUAUUGGCUCACGCUAUAACAGUUAUUGCUCAAAUGUUGCAAGGACAUUUUUGAUUGAUGCAACUGCGACCCAGAUUAAGGCCUAUGAUGUGUUGGUUAAAGCUCACGAUGCUGUGAUUGGUUCUUUGAAACCUGGAAAUACCGUUGGUGCUGCCUAUCAAGCUGCCAUAGCAGUAGUUCAGAAGGAAGCUCCAGAGCUGCUGUCAAAUCUUACCAAGUCUGCGGGAACUGGAAUAGGGCUUGAGUUUCGUGAGUCUGGAUUGAGUUUAAAUUCAAAAAAUGACCGUUUGUUGAAACCCGGAAUGGUUUUCAACUUGUCUCUUGGUUUCCAGAAUCUCCAGGCUCAGACUAAAAAUCCUAAGACUGAGAUAUACUCAUUGUUGCUUGCUGAUACUGUUAUAGUUAGCGAGAAACCUCCUGAGGUCUUGACUGCUAGCUGUUCCAAGGCGGUUAAGGAUGUUGCUUACUCAUUUAAUGAGGAAGAGGAGGAAGAGCUGCCUAGUGUAAAGGCUGUUCUUAACAACAAGGGGGUGCUUGCGUCCAAAGCAACUCUGAGAUCGGAUAACCAGGAGAUGUCCAAGGAAGAGUUGAGAAGACAGCACCAGGCAGAGCUUGCUCGACAGAAGAAUGAAGAAACUGCUAGGCGGCUGGCUGUUGGUAGGUCUGCAGGUGGUGAUGGCCGAGGCCCGGCCAAAACAUCUAGUGAUCUAGUUGCUUACAAAAACGUAAAUGAUAUACCCUUUGCGAAACAGCUAGCUAUACAAGUAGAUCAGAAGAACGAGGCUAUUCUUUUACCAAUUUAUGGAAGCAUGAUCCCCUUCCAUAUCUCUACAGUAAAGAGUGUGACCUCUCAUCAGGACCAUGGGACUUGCACCAUCCGAAUUAUUUUCAAUGUGCCUGGCACACCAUUCAAUCCUCAUGAUGCCAAUACCCUCAAGUUUCAAGGUGCAAUCUAUGUCAAAGAGAUUACUUUUCGGUCUAAGGAUCCCCGGCAUACCAGUGAAGUGGUUCAGCUAAUCAAAACACUUCGGAGACAUGUCACAUCAAGGGAGUCUGAGAGAGCUGAAAGGGCCACUUUGGUUACCCAAGAGAAACUGCAGCUUGCUGGAAACCGAAUGAAAUCAGUCAAGCUACCAGACUUGUGGAUACGCCCUUCAUUCGGUGGUCGUGGAAGGAAGCUCACAGGAAGUUUGGAGGCUCAUGUAAAUGGGUUUCGGUAUGCUACAUCGAGACCUGAUGAGCGAGUGGAAAUCAUGUUUGCGAACAUCAAGCAUGCCUUCUUCCAGCCUGCAGAGAGAGAGAUGAUAACACUGGUGCACUUUCACCUUCACAAUCAUAUCAUGGUGGGCAACAAGAAGACAAAGGAUGUUCAGUUUUAUGUUGAAGUUAUGGAUGUUGUACAGACUUUGGGUGGUGGAAGAAGAUCAGCUCUUGAUCCUGAUGAGAUUGAGGAAGAGCAACGUGAAAGGGAUCGGAAAAAUAAGAUAAAUAUGGAAUUUCAGAGCUUUGUCAACAAGGUGCAUGAUAUCUGGGCGCAACCACAGUUUAAAGGUCUUGAUUUGGAGUUUGAUAUGCCAUUACGGGAGCUUGGGUUCCAUGGAGUCCCUCACAAGUCGUCGGCCUUCAUUGUUCCAACCUCUACCUGUUUGGUCGAACUCAUUGAAACACCCUUCCUGGUGGUUACCUUAGGUGAGAUCGAGAUAGUUAAUCUUGAAAGAGUUGGUUUCGGGCAGAAGAAUUUCGACAUGACUAUUGUGUUUAAGGAUUUCAAAAGGGACGUCCUCCGCAUAGAUUCUAUUCCAUCCUCCUCCGUUGAUGGAAUUAAGGAAUGGCUCGACACUACAGAUCUAAAGUAUUACGAGAGCAGACUGAAUCUCAACUGGCGGCCAAUUCUGAAAACCAUAGUCGAGGACCCUGAGAAGUUCAUCGAAGAUGGCGGAUGGGAGUUUUUGAACAUGGAGGCCAGUGAAUCAGAUUCUGAUAAUACUGAGGAAUCAGACAAAGGGUAUGAGCCAUCUGAUGUGGAGCCAGAGUCCGCUUCCGAAGAUGAAGACAAGGACAGUGCAUCAUUGGUGGAAUCCGACGAGGAUGAGGAAUCGGACGAGGACUCAGAGGAGGAGAAAGGGAAGACAUGGGAGGAGUUGGAACGGGAGGCGACCAAUGCUGACAGGGAGAAGGGUGAUGAAUCUGAUAGUGAAGAGGAGAAGCGGAGGAGGAAGGUGAAAGCUCUCGGAAAAUCCCGUGGUCUGGAAAGAAGUGUCCCCAAGGGAGUCCCUGGGAAGAGACCAAAGUUUAACUGAAACACACGCACACUCCUACAUCGGGAGGAACUGAAAAGGACCUACCUGCUCAUAUUGCCACUUAAAAGGCUACAACCGAAGCAUUAGAUUCCCCUGUUUUUGAGCACGCCUUGGUAUCAAACUUCUUAAAUCUUUUUUUAAUGUGCUAGUGUUGUUUUAGUUGUCUAAUUAUGUUGAAUUAGCUUAAGUUGUAACACGGAUGCAUUCAACUUCAUCAUGUAAAUUUAGAUUCUGGAACUUGUUUUGGAUGCUGAGUGUUGAUUUCCUAUCUAUUUAGUAUUAUUUA